AUCCUGGCGGCAAAAAUUUACUUCCAUAGUUACCCACCCCGGAAUGACAAGGUGGAAAGGAAUUUCGGGGACACAUCCAAAGUGUUCUCUAUGGUAAUGAAAAUAGAAUAGGGAGAGACGGUUUAUCAAAUAAUGCUAUUUCACGCCGCACAUGGAAACCUCGUCACAGCCGUGCAGCCCUCUUACGCGCUCAGUCAGCAAACAUUAACAUGUGAUAGUUAAAGUUAACGUUUAGCAUUUAUGGAGCUUGAUGAGCGCAUUGAAAGUUGAAUGAAAUCAGCCAGAAAAUGCCUGCUACUGCUUCAACUGUACAUAGCAGAUGCCAUUUCUUGAAAAUAAACAAAUGUCUCUUUAUCUUUGUCCACCGUGUUAAAAUAAAAAUGCUUGACUGUGCAUUUUUGGAGUAUUCCAAAUAAAUGACCAAUAGGUGUGUUAUUAAAUCAUACGUAACUGUCUGAUGUGAUCAUUUUUGUGAUGCAGCUCCCUUCUUAGAUGAGUAACUGAAGCUGCUCAUCGACAACUGAUGGGAAAUGUUUCAGUGACGGUGUAUCUUUUUUUUUUGGACAUCAGAACAACAGCAGAUAAAGCAUGAGAUCUGUUCUUUUUUUUUGUAAUCGCUCGAGAUGACGGCAGACCAAAGCCCUCGGUUGUCCUUGAUAGAUUAUUAACAAGGUGAAAUAAUCUUUAUGGUCUUCAGGUAGGCUCUCGCCAGGCAGAGGAGUGUCAGUUUAAAUCAGCGGCGGUCGCUAAACACUGCGCGUGUUUGUGUUUUCAUCGAGCUCGGAUACGACCAUUUCUAUUAUGGCUGCUUUUUGUGAUUUCGUCCUAUGCGCAAGUGGACUAUUUUGAGCUUUUCCAGGUUAGGGUUAGGCGAGGGAGUCCGAGUCCUUCUCCCUGGAGGUUAGGGUUAGGUCAGACUCAAGAGUCAAGAGUCGAACACAAGGCAUCUUCUGCAGCCGAACUCACCAUGGUUGGCACGGGUGGUCCUGUGGCCACGUUUUCCGUGUGGGACUAUGUCGUGUUUGCGGGCACGAUAGUGGGCGCCGCCGGCAUCGGCCUUUUUCAGGCCUUCCGCGGACGCAAGGAGGCCAGCAGCGCCGAGUUUUUUCUGGGCGGGCGGCAGAUGACGGCGGUACCUGUGGCCAUGUCGCUCACGGCCAGUUUCAUGUCCGGCGUCACCGUCAUCGGCACGCCGGCCGAGGCGUACUCGUACGGGACGUCCUUCUGGCUCUUCGGCAUCAGCUACGUCAUCAUGUCAACCAUCACUGCUGAGAUCUUUGUGCCUCUCUUCUACCGGCUGGGGAUCACCAGCGCCUAUGAAUACCUGGAGAUGCGCUUCAACCGACCGAUUCGCAUAUUUGGGACGUUGAUGUACACCAUGCAGACGAUCCUAUACACCGGGUUGGUUAUCUACGCUCCGGCUCUCGCUCUGAAUCAAAUCACUGGAAUGGAUCUUUGGGGAGUGCUGGUGGCGACAGGGGCGGUGUGCAUCUUCUACUGCACUUUGGGCGGGCUGAAGGCGGUCAUUUGGACCGACGUGCUGCAGAUGGUGAUCAUGCUGGCGGGUUUCGUGGCGGUCGUCGCGAGAGGGGCCGUGCUUCAGGGAGGCCUGGACAAGAUUUGGGAAGACGCCAAUCAAGGGGGCAGACUUAAGACAUUCGACUUUGACCCCGAUCCCCUGAAACGACAUACUUUCUGGAGCAUCAUCAUAGGCGGUAGCGUGACAUGGAUGUCAGUCUACUCGAUCAACCAGUCCCAGGUGCAGCGCUACAUUUCCUGCAAAACACUACGCCAUGCCAAGAUGUCUUUGUAUGUUAACAUGCUGGGCUUGUGCGUGACUCUGAGUCUGGCCAUGUUGUCUGGCCUCACCAUGUUCUCCAUUUACAAGAACUGCGACCCGUUCACAAACCGCGAUGUCGGUUCCACUGACCAGUUGCUCCCUUACCUCGUCAUGGACAUCUUGGCCGUCUACCCUGGAAUCCCCGGUUUGUUUGUGGCUGCUGCGUACAGCGGGACCCUGAGCACAGUGUCUUCCAGCAUCAACGCCCUCGUUGCCGUCUCCGUGGAAGACUUCAUCCGUCCGAUGUGCAAAAACCUCACAGUGAAGCAGACGUCCUGGAUGAACAUGGGGCUCAGUGUUUUCUUCGGCGCUGUGUGCAUUGGGAUGGCUGGAGUAGCUUCACUGUUGGGAAGCGUUCUGCAGGCAGCUCUCUCUAUAUUCGGCAUGCUGAGCGGUCCACUUCUGGGGAUUUACCUUUUGGGCAUGCUUUUCCCCGCGGCCAACUCAAACGGAGGCCUCACGGGAAUGCUCCUGAGCCUGGCGUUGACAUUGUGGGUGGGGAUCGGAGGGCAGAUCUACCCGCCGACGACAGCAAAGACAAACCCUCUGCCGGUUACCACCGUGGGUUGUAACGGCACGAUCCAGUACAACAUGACGACAGCGGCGUCCUGGACCACUCCGGGCGCUCACACGCCGGAACACGAUGUGAGGCCUCCUCUG